AUGCCAGGCAACAGACUUGACCCUCAGAAAAUGGCCCUCAGGGCGGCACAAGAAAUCCGGCCCGGAGAAACCGCUGCGAUUGGCUCGGGCCUCGCUGCUGCUAUUCCAGGCGAGGUUCCAGCGGGCAGCGGGGUUUGGCUGCUUGCCGAAAGCGGAGCACUGGGCUACCGCCCUGGUGGAGCGUCCUCGGUAAUAGACGGAGUUGGCGAAACCGCCAUCGUACUGCCGGGGGGAGUGGUUGUAGGUACGGUGGAUGUGGCAGCCAUGCUCGGGGGCGGUCACGUAGAUCUCGCCUUCGUCGAAGCAGCACAGGUGAGCGCAAAUGGCGAUUUCGUACACUGGACCACGGCCGAAACCGCCAGCCUGGCCGCUCCCGGCCUUGCCGUCGACCUGGCAUCCGGGGCCAAACGUGUCGUCGCGAUGAUGACCCACGCCCACGAGGGCGGCAUAUCAAGGAUUCACGAACGUUGCACCCUGCCCGUCGACGGCGUUGGCUGCGUGUCAGUGAUCAUCACAGACAUCGCCGUUUUACUGGUCACCAUUUCAGGGUUGGAACUGGCCGAGGUGGCACCCGGCUGGUCGGCCGACGACAUUGCCUCGAUGACUGAGGCUCCUCUUUCCGUGGCUUCCGGACUUCGCGAAAUGACCUUCGACGUCCCCACGCUUCCCUGGCCCAACAAAGUCUACGCCAGCGCCGCAGAGGCGGUUCAGGACAUUCCCGACGGAGCGGUGGUCAACGUGGAUGGGUUCGGUGGCCCUGGCGGGAUGGCCCACUACCUGAUGGUGGCGUUGCGUGACCACGGCGCCAAGGGCCUCACUAUAAUCAGCAACACUGCUGGAAUUGCCCGAGUGGCCCGGUUUGGCGCACCCGAGGGCGUCACCCCCAUCGACCACACCAUUCUGGUGGAGAACGGACAGAUAGCCAAGGCCAUUGCAUCCUACCCCGUAUCACCGUCCAUUAACCGCCCCAGUGCCUUCGAACGCGCCUAUCAGGAGGGAGAGUCGACCCUCGAAGUAUCUCCACAGGGGACCCUCGCCGAACGCGUUCGUUCCGGCGGAGCAGGCGUGGCCGCCUUUUACACUCCGACCGCAUUUGGCACGCUGUUGGGCGAAGGCAAGGAGGUGCGGGAUAUCGACGGCCGCCCCUAUGUGUUGGAGCAAAGCAUCCUGGCCGACUUCUGCAUCAUCCGGGGGCACAAGGCCGAUUCCUUGGGCAACAUGGUCUACAGAGGCACCUCACGAAACUUCAACCCGGUAAUGGCAACCGCCGCCCGCGUCACGAUCGUGGAAGUGGACGAAAUCGUCGAUCCGGGCGAACUCGACCCCGAGGCGAUAGUUACCCCUGGGGUCUUCGUUGACCGGAUCGUGAAACGCCCCAAAGAAUUUUCCCCAUACCUGGACACCUAG